AUGGCACAAACGGUGCGGCAGCAAAGCCCGCUCAAUACCGAGCCAAACUCUAAAGAGCUGGCUGGCUCCUACAUCACACCCAAUGAGCUCAUCUUCAAUCGAAACCACGACUCUGUCAUCUCUACAAAUGCUCCGAACUCGGGCGGAUCAGGCUGGAUGCUCGGCAUCUCUGUCGAGCAGGACGAAACGUUGAAAGUGUUGCACGUCUCGCAACCGUCUCUUCCGCUGGAGUCGUUGAAGAAGGAUUACGAGCUGGUCGAGGUGACCGCUACCCUCGAAUGUGCAGGUAACCGACGAGCCGAAUUAUCCGCGUCUCACCAGCCAGCAGAAGGUAUACAGUGGGGGAACGCUGUCAUCGCCAACGUCGUAUGGGGUGGUGCUUCCCUCCGAUCUGUUCUGCUCGCUGCCGGUAUUCCAGAUCCUUUCUCCCACCACUCUCAACUAUCAAUCCUUCAACCUUCAGCAGAUGCAUCUCUCCGCGAUUCCGAAUCAUGGGCUCGUCCGCUCCACCUCCACCUCUUCAGCGCACAAGAGAGCAGCGAGUCAGACGAUCCCACCCGCACAGAGUACUUUGCCGCCUCCAUCCCAUUCGUCACCGCCAUGCAUCCCAACCAACACUGUCUGCUGGCGCACGAGUACAACCGUACACCGCUCACGCAGCGUCAUGGAGCACCGUUGCGCGCAGUGAUACCCGGUCACGUAGGUGCGAGGUGGGUCAAGUGGCUGAACGCGCUCAAGAUCAGCACGUCGGAGAAUGAUUCGCCUCCCAUGAGGCAAGACUACAAGUUGCUUACUCCGGAUGCACAGGCCGACGAGAAGGAGUUUGCGGACAAGGCGGGAAAAGAUGCUGAGUUUAGGAAGGAAAGGUUGAAGAAGGAGAAGCCUCUGCAGAGGCUCGAAGCUAGUUGCUCGAUCACGCAGCCCGGACAGGGCGAGCGGGUGGUCCCAGCGGGAGAGGACGGUGUGGUGGAGGUCAAAGGGUAUGCUGUGGGUCAGGAUGGAUCGCCAGCGACGCACGUCUAUGUUGCUCUGGUACCGGACAGAGAUGGUACCACGGACGAGCUGCUCACUUCGCUCGAGCCUGACGUCGAAUGGAAGCAGGCACAGCUGAUCAACCGAGAUGCAUCAUCCAAUGCAGCUCCGAGCACAUGGAGCUGGGCUUGGACGCUGUGGCACGUACAGAUGCCUGUCCCCGAGUCCGACCGCAAAUGGGCUCUAGUCGCUCGAUGUGUCACCGCCUCUGGUGUCGAGCAGGAGAAGAUCUCCGAGUGGAACCUGCGUGGCUUUUGCAACCGCUCCUGGUCCGUCGUUCGCAACCUUUCGGUCCAAUCUUGA